AAGACUAGAUGACUUUACUUCAAACAUGACGUGUGUAGUGUGAUGUUUGUGACGACGUCUCUUGUCUUAAAAUUAAAUAUUACCCUACAUCUUUUGCAGAAAAUUCAGCUUUCUCAACAAGUUGGACCAUGUCUUUCAGCAUUACCAUGAAGUGGCCUUUGCCUUCCCUUAUUGUGUGUGCAAUAAUCCUUACAAACAUGACCUUGGACUCCCUCGCUCUGCCCGCCGUAUUGAGAGACAGUGGAAAACUGAAAAUGGAUGGCAAUAAGAGUGGCAACGAGAUAGACAACCAAGAGCUCAAUCCAGAAUUAUUUCCGAACAACCACAUUGAUGCCGUUAAGAUGGAGAGGAAUGGAGCGUUGAAUAAAGAAUUCCAACAGGAGCUGUUCUGGGGACCCGCCCACGAGGAGAUGAACGAUGUGCAGGAGGAGGAAGGGAGGCAGCGGCUCAACGAAAUUUUCAAAUUGGCUGAUAAAGAUGGGGAUAACUAUUUAACGCAUGAUGAGCUUACAGCGUGGAUCGAGGAGAAGACAGCCGAGCAUUACAGUGAAGCUGUUUCAUCUAGCCGUCAAGGCUUUCCCUCGGUAGAUACCAACAAAGAUGGGUUUUUACAGUGGGAUGAAUACAGGGAACAAUUUUUCAGGUAUAGAGGUAUAGAUGAGAUGCAGCUAAAGGCGUAUCGGGAAGGCAAGAUCAGCAUUGGUGAAACAUUAGAAGAGGACUAUGCCAUGUAUCGUGAUCGAUGGGACAGGGCGGAUGAGGAUAAUGACAAUGCUCUGAGUAUCGAGGAGUUCUUGGCAUUCCUUCAUCCUGAGCAUUGUAAGAGCAUGGUGAGCAUGCUAGUGGAAGAAGUCCUACACGAUCUCAAUAAAAACUUGGAUCAGGCUCUGAACCUCAGAGAGUUCCUUGCCCUUCCCGAUGAUGAGCAGUAUGACGUUGAUAAGAUAGCGGAGAAAGAGGAGUGGGUCCGAGAACGAAAGAAGGAGUUUGAAGAAAAUAUUGACCUGGAUGGAGAUGGGAUAGCAGACUUCGAAGAGUUGUCGAAAUACAUGGACCCUAGGAACAAACAGCAUGCCGAGAGCGAAGCAAGGCAUCUGAUGGGAGUCGCUGAUUCAGAUGGAGAUGGCAAGCUAUCAGCCAGGGAAGUUAACAACAGUUACUUUGUUUUCUUGGGCAGUAAAGUCUACAACUACGCCAGAAAUGUCCACGACGAGUUCUAGACCGAUCGUCAGGUUCAUCUGUCAUGACGUCUGUCAUAAAGUACUAGUAUUACUACAGUGCCCGGGGGAGAGGGGGUGGGGGGCACUCACAUAUAUUGGUGGUACGGGGACGUGCCGCUUUGACAACCCCCUUUUUAAGACCUAAUUUUAAGUUCUCUAGAUACUACGAAUGAUAAAAGUUCAGUUCAGAAGCCGCCCAGCCCCGCUCGCAAGACCCCCGUAUGAGUUCCCCAGCCCUGGCAAAAUAAGCCAGUUCGCAGUUCCUUUCUGCACAUGGUCAAAGAUUCUGCGCAUGAUCAGAGGAAGGUCAUUUGUACUAAAGUGACAUGGUGGUUUAAAAUCAAAUGAGGUAAGCAC